AUGCCGGUGUAUCCGUCGGUGGAGCCUAGCAAUGCGGACUUUCCGCAGCAGCCGGCACUGUCAUCGCUCGCGCACGACGAGCUCAAGCACGGCUUAGCUCCAUGGCGCAAGGAUGCCAUCAACACUGCGGAGAACCUUGCACUCGGACGCGGGGAUCUGGCAAAGGAUGCAUCGCCUCUGGUGUUUGGAGGCGGAGUUUUCGGGCAAGACAUGUACAACAACGCCGAUACUUUGGCAUCGGAUCUUCCCAUCCGCACGGUUCGACUGGCGCUUCGAUACGGCAUCAACGCAUUCGACACGUCGCCGUACUACUUUCCGUCCGAGUUUACGCUGGGCAACAUCCUGACGGCGCUCAGGCCCGAGUUCCCGCGCGAGUCGUACUACAUCAUCACAAAGUGCGGACGCUAUGGACCGGAGCACAAGCACUUUGACUACAGCGCCGCCAAGAUCGACAGCAGCGUAAGGGGAAGUUGCAAACGACUCGGAACCGAGUAUUUGGAUGUGGUGCUUACGCACGAUGCAGAGUUCGUGUGCGACAAGGUCGGACGCAGUCACCACGAUGGAUGGGAGAGCGGAAUCGUUUCCGGCCUUGUAGAUCCGCAGGACGUGGGCGUGCAACAGACCAGGGAACAGGUCAUCGAAUCGCUCGGAUUGGCUCCCAAUGUGGAAGCAGCAAGCAAGGUGCAUGGCAAGGGCGAUGAGCAGUUCCUCGAAGCCAUCGCGGCGCUGUUCAAGCUCAAGGAUCAAGGCAUCGUCAGGCGCGUGGGUAUCUCGGGCUACCCCCUACCCGUGCUGCUGCGUCUGUCGAGACUCGUGGCCACCACAGCACCAUACCGCCCGCUCGAUGUGGUGCUGAGCUACUCGAACCGCUGCCUGCACUCGGACGUGCUUGUGGGCUGGAAGCAGCUUUUUGCCGCCGACCCUCGCGGAGACAGCACCGAUGCACUGCCCGAACUGCAAUGGACUGCCCCUCUGCUCAUGAACGGCUCGCCCUUCUCCAUGGGCCUCCUCACGGACGGCACUCCACCUCCGUGGCACCCGGCUAGCGAUGCCCUCAAGGCUGCCACCAAGGAGGCGAGCCGCAACCUUGUCGCACAGGGCGACUCGCUCACAAUGACCGCUCUGACUUACGGCCUGCGUGGCUCCGAGGUCGCGCAUCCUUCCGGGGCAGGUCCGCAGCUCAGGACGCUCGUGGGUCUCAGCCAUCCGGACCAUGUGCACAGUGCAGUCGAAGCGUACCGUGUGCUUUGCUCCGGCGCGACCGAGGCUGGCAAUGCGCUUUUCCCCGCCAAAGACGCCGACGACGACAGGCGAGAAGCGUACACCACGCAGGCCAAGAACGAGAAGGCGGUGCGCGAUCUGUUUGCGGAACGCGGCGUGCGCGAGUGGAGCUGGUCCAGCGGCCUGUGA